GUGAAAAAGGGCAGUUGAGUUGAGUGGCAUAUGAUGCAUGGUAUUUAUACCGGGCAUAUGCUGCUCACUCCACCUCCCAACUCCCAACGAUAACCUUCUUUCUCUCCAUUAAGGCCUUGUACUCCUCACUCUCAUAAACCCACACAUUUCAGCACCUCAACUCUCUCUACUGCUAUUCAAGAAACAUGAAGCACAAUUUUCAAUCACUUGCACUUCUCAUCUUCCUCCUUGCCAUCCUUAUCAGCACCUCCGCCAGAGAAUUUGCACCAAAAGAAGGAGAAGUAGAUGAAAAGAUCAGCGGCAAGGGAUUAUCUGUUGAAAAGAUGGGCAGCACCGACUCCUUUGAUAAUCUGAUGGGGUUAGAGGAGUGUGAAGGUGAAGAUGAAGAGUGCUUAAAGAGGAGGGCUAUUGCAGAGGCUCACCUCGACUACAUCUACACUCAGCACCAUAAACCUUAAUCCAGAUAGAUACAUCCUAUGUAGAAAUAAAUUAAUGAAGGUGGUGUUCGUGUUAUCUGUAUUCCCACUCUUUGAAUUGGAAUUUCCUAUAAUUUCAAUUCUAAAUUAAUUACCCGAUUAAUUUAUUUAUUUUGAUAGAAGCGAUUAA